AUGGAUAAUGAAAAGUUGAUUUGGGCUGGUUUCGCCCUUCUGACCAUGGUGUCCUUCAUUUGCCUUCAAGGGCCUUUUUCUUCUUCACAUGGUUCUCGCACAACGCCACCGGGCCGGGCCGACCGCACAAAUUCGAGGCGGCGUCAUCAGACGUCAUCUUCUGUUGUGCCCUCUGAACGAAUUGGUGCUUCUUCUGGCAGCCUCAUGUCAAGAAAGGGGCUUACGAGCAACAGUCGUUCGGACACCAAAAAAGGAGGUACUGCUCCUAAACACCAAGGCGCUUCGCCGCCUCCACUGAAAUUAAAUGUCAAUGUUUCUCCUAUAGGAACGGGUGUGUCUCAUCCGUCUCCGCACACCAGUAACUUCACUGCGUCCGUGAUCACUGCUAGGCAUAUGGCACGCAACGCGCAGUCUACAAAUACAUGUGCUGCUGAGGUGGAGAGGGUGAAUGGGCGAUCCGUGGUGGGACGCUCAACGCAGACAGACAGCAUCCUCUGGGAGGAGUUUUGCUGCUUUGAUGCUUUAAACUCAGCUCCAAGUGUCUGUGAUCCGCUUGGGUGUAUUAGCCCCAUCAUUAGCAAGGACAAGGACAUCGCGUCACCGAUUUCCGCCGAGGCCUUGUAUUUUAAUUCUCCAAAACGGGGGAACAGCAAGCCCAUCCCUCUGCUUCCGCCCUCUUUGGAACAUGGUGUCGAAGUGGAGUUGACCAAGCGCGUUGAGGCAGUGCAGGUGCCUUCAGCUGGGGCCAGAGAGUGGUUUGAUCUCUACAACUUUGUCACACACGUCCCUCGCGGUGUUCUGCGGCCAAUUUGGAUGAAAAAGUUCGUUGGGUUGUUGCUCUCUCCCACGUUUCCCCCGCCAGUGACCGUAUCGGACUCAUCGAAUGGUGAAGUGGACCCUCUUUGGCGCCUUCAGGAGCAUGUUUCUCGCCUUCUGAAGGAUGAUUCCUUUCGACUUCCAAAGAAUGGCCAGUUUUGUCUCUCAGACGAAGGGACAAGUGUUGUUUGGUGUGCAAAGGAGGGGAAGAGGUUAGAAAAAAUCAGCAGGUUUUCCCACAUUUGUGUUUUUUCAAGCGAUGAGGAUGAAGAUGAAAGAGAUGAUGGCGACGGCGACGCCGGUGUAGUUGGACGUGUUGAAAAAGUACUAUUGGCCUGCCGACAGGCGAGCAUGCACUUCGCUGCAACGCAGUUUCCGGAGGAAUCUACGCUGAAUGCCCCUGAACCGACAGAUCAAUCGCAGGUGGCAAUUCGUAUUCCGUUUGAGGAGCAGGAUGUGAUGACUUUGCUUGACAAUUUGGUAAAACUACGAAACCAUGCCUCAUUCGACGCGCUGCGACGCAGUGGCAUAGAUAUCUCCUUUUCUGUUGGUGUAGUUGACGUCAUGAAUGAGGCGCAAAGGCUGCUUGAUCGGGCGUCCAUUAAAAUGGCCUCUGUCGGACAGAACACCCUACAAACUUUGCAAACUCCACCGAGGUCCUGGUUGGUGUCGCCAGCCCAACGAGCUGUGGGACAAGAACCGAAGUGGGCUCAAGAAGAGAUGCCUCUGACGCCGUUAGACGGACGGCGUUCGGAGCGUGACACGCGGAUGAUGCCACAGUCAUCUCUCUCGCCACGGCACAGCAGAAAGUCAGAUAUCAAGCGUCCCGCGUUGCGUGAUAGCGCCACGCAUGACUUUGGUGAUUUUCCGUACGGACCGCAUGACGCUCCUUGUCUCUCCUCUUCCGCGUAUGAAAACCCCGCGUCUACACCACCUCGCAACGGUGAGUCGCAUUCGUUUGUAAGAUUUUUGACUGCCUCGACGAUUCCAUCUGCUGCAUUGGACGAAAAUGAGCGACAACGCACGCUGUAUGGAAGGUCCAGGACACAGACUGUUAUAGAGCUGGCCUCGAAUAUCUCCUCGGAGAAAAACACCAGCAACGGGACGCGAUCAAGUAACAACGUCUUCAGCCGUCUCUACACGCCUCCCAAAAACACCCAGAAAGCGGCCGCACAACCCACUCCACCUCUUUCAGGAGGGAAGAAAGUUCCAUUUAACGUUUAUGUGUGA